AUGCUCUCUGCCGGAGAAAGGCCCCAGCCGGCUAUCGGCAAGAAUGCCGCUGCCACUCGCGCCCAAUCAUCCCUGAGUCACUCGCCCGCCCCGAUGUGGUCCGUCCAACCCAAGCCGGAGCAAGUCCAACACAUCUGGGUCGUAACAGGUCCUGCCGGUUGUGGAAAGAGUACGGUUGGACGAGGCCUGCAGGCCGCGCUGAACGUCCCAUUCCUUGAAGGAGAUGAUUUCCACUCGCAAAAGAACAAAGAAAAGAUGGGCAGCGGCAUCCCUCUCACAGACGCAGACCGCUGGGACUGGCUCAUCUCGCUCCGCAAUGCAGCCAUCAAGGCCCUCUCGCCCUCGGAAGCAAACAACUUCCACCCCCCGUCGGGCGUGGUGGUUGCCUGCUCGGCCCUGAAGCAAAAGUACCGUGAUGUCAUGCGUGUGGCUGCUUACGGCACGCCAUCCGUGCAGAUCCACUUCGUUUACCUGAAGUUGGAUGAGAAUGCCCUUCUGCAACGUGUCGCCGCCCGCCAGGCUCAUUACAUGAAGAGCACAAUGGUCCAGUCGCAGCUGCAGGAUCUCGAGGAGCCCAAGGGCGAAUGGGAAUGCGCUGACCAUUGA